ACCUUUACCAUCUGUUUCCAUUCUACCGGUUCCUUCAAUCCCCUCCUCCGGCGCUCUCCCCCAUCACUCCUCUGUCCCUCUCUCUGGUUAUCGGCGGCCACAGACACCGACCCCGUCCACCGCACGGCCUCGGCCCAGCUGCCCCGGUCCCCGGAUCCGCUCGUUCACUGACGACCCUGUUCACCGGAUCCAGUUGUUCACAGCCGCGGCACGCCCCUCCUUUUUUCGUAGCAGCCCCGGCAGCCAACCCCGCCCUCCGUGUCGCCGGCGCCGGCUAGAUGUCUUCGUCGGCGGCGUACCCUGACGCGGACGAGAAUCUGGAGGCCAUCAUCACCCGCGUCGAGCAGAAGUCCCGAAAGAUCGAGACCCUCCUCAAGCAGUCGAAGCCGGUGGAGGCCCUGAAGACGGCGCUGGAGGGGUCGCCCCUCAAGACCCGCGACGAGCGAUGCAAGUCUGCGAACUGGAUCGUGGUGCACCGCGCGAUGAUGGCGAUCAGGGACGUCGACGGCAUGUUCAACUCCCUGGAUCCCGAGUACUACGACAUCCUCAUGAAGUACCUUUAUAGAGGUUUAUCUACAGGGGAUAGGCCAACAUGUGACCAGUGCCUCAAAAUUCAUGAAAAGCUGACUGAGAAGGCAGGCCUAGGCUGUAUAUUGCGGUCCCUUGCUGAUACUGUAAACACUGUAUGAGCUUUGUCUGCUGCUGAGGGUGGAUAUAACAAACUUCUCUUCCUGCUCUUUACUGUGAUAAAUCAUAUCAGUAAAACUAGCUAUAAUAGUUAACUAGAUGUUUUACGCUGUCGUUCCUUGCCAUUAGGCAAUUUCAGUUAGAGCAUCAUUGUACCUUACUAGACUAAAUGUGUAUUAUGUUGGUUUUCAAGUUUCUGUACUACACUGUUAGUUUUGAUUUUUUUUUGGCUAAGUGAUUUAUGUACCAUCAGAGCUGAAUAAAUGUCUUCUUGACACCAACUAUUACACUUCCAACUAGGUUAUGUUCUUGA